AUGGGCGAUGAGCCCAAGUCAGAACCUAGCGAAAGCCCCGUAGACUACUCUGACUACUAUUCUGCUGCUUCCAGCUUUGCUGGUCAAACCCAUGAAACCGAUUUGAUUGCAGACUCUCAAGAAUCCGAUGAUAUUCUAAUCGGUCGGAAACAUUUGCUGGAUGACAGUGUGUGUCUAUCUGACCCUUCCGAAAGUGGUUCAGACUCCGAAGAUCCCUUGCAGGACAUUGGGAUUAGCUUAGGCACUGGUGGCCUGAGAACUGAGUUCAAAAAGUCCGAAAAGCUGCAAUUUGUAGAGUUCGAUACUUCAGACCGUGCGUUUGACGAAAACAUAGUUGCGAGGUUGAACAAAUUUGAAGAGCUCUGUGAAACUAUCGACCAUGAAAUAACAGAGCCGGAGAAGUCUAAGGAUGUCGUUAGAGAGACCUCUGAGCUUUUGGUAUCCAUCUUCAAAAAUCAAGUGCCUAGUGCCUAUGUGGAAAUGGUAGCAUCGCAAAGUAGCGGUCAACGAUUUCAGGAUUGGCAUUUCAUAAGUGGGAACACUACAGCCAGGCGCCCGGAUGCUUGGGAUGUGUUUUUGAGCCCAAGUGGAAACUCUCAAAAGACCUCCUUCAAAGACCUUCUGCGAUCUUUUGGAGCUGUAGAUUAUAUGCCAGAGAGCACCGAACCCAUCAUUACAUCCAUGUAUGACACUAUGAACAGUCUGGAAUCCGUUGCUUGGAUGUGCGAAGAACUUGAAAAAUAUGUGGACUGCAGUGGAUUCACGAGAACCUUCAUUCGUUUCAUUCUGGAUCGAAAUAUUUUCGAGUCAGCAGAGUGCACAACGAGCUGGUGCUCUCGAAUAUAUGAUAUGUUGAGCGAGACGCACUUUUUGAUGAUCUACUUUCAGCUUGUAGAUCGAGAAAAUUAUAUGCUACAUCUUCGCAUAUCGCAGCAGAUCCCCGAAUUCCAUAAGCCGCUGCUCGACAAACUUUUCUCGAAAGUUAAACAGGACCAUCAAUCUGACCUUUGCAUCAAGGUUUUGAGCUCCGACAAUUAUCUUCAGAUGAUUUAUUUUGUCCUGCUUGUAUAUGGCACUGCGGUAUUCCCACCAGCUCGAAGUGAUGGCGCGUUACGUUUAAAGGAACGAAUAAAAGAUAUGCGCGAAGACGCCGACAAGCCUGAGCUUACCUUGCUCCGAAGUUAUGUGAAUUUGUAUACAAUUUGA